AUGGCUAGUUAUUCCAAUUUGUUAAGUCCUAAAAAAUCACUUAAUUUGCUCCUCAUUUGCACGGUUCUGGCAGUGGCACUUCCAGCGGAGGCAUUACUAUCGUGUAGCACGGUGUUUAGCAGCCUCGAGGGAUGUGCCACUUAUAUCGUACUUGGUGGUAGACCUGUGCCACCAGAAUGUUGCAGUGGACUUAAAUCUCUUAUUUCUACCGCCAAAACCAUCCCUAAUCGCAAGAGCUUUUGCUCAUGCAUCAAGGGUGUUGCUUAUAGUGCAACCCCUGAAGAACUCGCCCGCGCAGCCGGUCUGUCCCGACGAUGUCACGCCCGUGUUCCGUUCAAGAUUAGCCCAGAUGUGGACUGCUCAAAGGUCAAAUAA